AUGGCGGUUCAAUCAGGAACGGGCUCAUCCCCAGCUCGCACCGCCAAUCCUUCGACCGACAUUUCACUGGGACAGCGCAUGGUCUCUGCGACUGCCGGGAAUGUCUUGACCGGGCUACUCGUGACUCCUCUCGAUGUCGUACGGGUCCGUCUGCAGGCCCAAUCCAAUGUCCACAACUCCUCGCCGUAUACCUCGCAUACCGCUCAAACCUUGAAGAAUCUUCCCCCCAACCUCGGAAUUACGGCCUGCUGUCGCGAAGUAUUUUGGGUCGGAGACAAUGCACAGAUUUGUAUGAUGGGCCCACAGGCCAGCGUCGCCAGUCACCCCCCACCGGCAAUUGAUUGUGCUGUCGAAGAGACGCAACGACGGACAUUUACCUCAACAUUGGAUGGACUCCGCAAGAUCGCUCGAAACGAAGGAACGUUGACACUAUGGCGCGGACUCAGUGCGAAUCUGGUGAUGGGCAUUCCCGCCAAUGUCAUCUACUUCGCGGGGUACGACUGGCUGCGCACCGAUGAUCGAAGUCCCAUCAAACAACGGAUCUCGGAGGUAUAUGCGCCCUUGGUAGCCGGUUCAUUGGCACGGGUUACGGCUGCAUCGGUGAUCAGUCCGAUCGAGAUGUUUCGGACGCGUCUUCAAGCUACCCCCGGCGAGGGCGCGGGCCACUUCAAAAAUACCCUGACCGAUCUAUACCGGAUGACGCAGGCCAAGGGAUAUGGCUCUCUCUGGCGGGGCUUGACGCUCACCAUGUGGCGCGACGUGCCAUUCUCGGGAUUGUACUGGUGGGGCUAUGAAGAAGUCAAGAAGGCUCUCAUGGCAGCGCGCCAGGCGCCUCUCCCCGGGUCUGACCAGGAGCUGCCAGCCCCUUCCCCUGCCUCAGCGUUCGCCGACAACUUCCUCGCCGGUGCCAUCUCCGGGUCGCUGGCUGCGUUAGUCACCACCCCGUUUGAUGUCGGGAAGACUCGACAGCAAGUGUUCCGGCACAUGGACGAUCUUGCUCCCAGCGGCGAGGUCAAACGCAAGGCUGGCCCGCCGACCCCGAUCCCUCCGGAGCAACUUUCCUUACCCAAAUUCCUUCUGCACAUCUACCGAAAAGAAGGGACUCCCGGUCUUUUCCGCGGCUGGGUGGCACGCUGCCUCAAAGUUGCCCCGGCCUGCGCUAUCAUGAUCUCAACUUACGAGCUCGGCAAGCGCAUGGCCCGGGAAGUGAAUGAGCGGCGGCACUCUGAGUCUGCAUGA